AUGACAGUGCUGUCUUUCCUUCUCUUCCUGGCUCUGUGUGUAUCGUACUCCGAAGCGGCUCACAAUGUCACCAUUAAUGCGACAGACACGUCACUCCAUUUUACCUCUGGUUGGAAUGUUUCACAGAACUCUGCUGGCCAGCAGUUUCUAUUCAUCGAUGAACUCGGAACCGUGCUCAUGGCAUCAUUACCGAAUGCGACAUCUCAUGUAUUCUUUAUCGGUCUUAAGCGAUCUGGGGGGUCUGCCUAUGGCUUCUGCCUCGACUGCAAUGCUCAGACCAAUGUAGGGUCUAUCGUUAUAGUGGACGGACAUGACCCUACACUUUCGAACGACACUAUUGCUAAACUAGACGUUAUCUUUUCUUCCUCUCUCGAUCCAAGUCACAACCAUAUUCUAGCCAUGUUCAACCUUCCUGAUAUCAGGUUCGAUAAUUUGAGCCAGGUUACUUUUAACUCCUUGAUAGUCACAAUCGAAGAUGGUGAAAAUGAAGGUCCCAGCUCGAAAGUAGUUUUCCCUAACUACUCUGCAUCAUCCACCAUUACUGGUGUACCAAGCACCCUUUCACAGGUCUCUGCUACAUGGAGCGGCCUACAAACAUCAGAAGCUUCAACAUCGUUCACUAGUGUGUCAGGUACCGAAAAAGAAAGGACGUGGUCGCCUGCUACAUCUUCAUCCACUUCUUCCCGAAUUUCCUAUACGCUAUCUAAACCUCUUUCCUCUUCAUCGCAAUAUGUGCCACCAUUGUCUUCGUCAUCCCCACCCGUUGCCGCUAUGUCUAGCACUACUUCCGCUGAACCUUCAGGUUCCUCAGGUAACGACAACGCCAACAUUACACCGCUUUCAGUGAACAAGUCACUAAUCGUGGUGAUUGUCACUCUAAGCUCUGUUGCCGUGCUUUCGCUUGUCCUAGGUCUUUUCCUUUUCUUCCGACAGAGGGGACGUCAAACGCGUAGAAGACUCUCCGAGCCACUGUCGUUCACUGAUAGGCGGAUAACUUCAGGACCACCUGAGUUGCCAAUGAUGGAAAGUUUAGAUAAUAUAGGACCUCUCGCCGCUGCGGGACGCGAACCGCCCCCGCGGAGAAACGUUACGUCGUACGCUAAUGCAGUAGUGGGACAAUGGCCAGGUGCCAGUAACAGACAAAUGGCCAGUUCUACACUUCCCAGCAGUCAAGAUAUGUGGACUACAAGACUAGCUGGGAACCAGAUUUAUCGGGUUUAA